UUUCAGCUCGAUCGUCCCUAGCUUUUCUCGGGCUACAACGCAAACAUGCGCGAGGUGAUAUCAGUACACGUUGGCCAAGCUGGUGUUCAAAUUGGAAAUGCCUGCUGGGAGUUAUUUUGUUUGGAACAUGGGAUUCAACCUGAUGGACGUAUGCCAUCUGAUAAACAAAGCCAGAUUGACGACUCGUUCUCAACAUUCUUCUCAGAAACGGGCACUGGUCGUCAUGUUCCACGGGCAAUUAUGGUUGAUCUGGAACCGACUGUAGUAGAUGAAAUCAGAACCGGAACAUACAAACAGCUUUUCCACCCUGAGCAGAUGGUCACCGGUAAGGAAGAUGCUGCGAACAAUUAUGCACGAGGGCAUUACACAAUUGGAAAAGAAGUAAUUGAUUUGGUACUUGACCGUAUCCGACGUUUGGCUGAGAAUUGCACUGGUCUUCAGGGUUUCCUGAUUUUCCACUCCUUCGGUGGUGGAACUGGUUCAGGUUUCACAUCACUUUUGAUGGAACGUUUAUCUGUCGACUACGGCAAAAAAAGCAAGUUAGAAUUCUCGAUAUAUCCGGCCCCACAAGUUUCUACCGCUGUCGUAGAACCAUACAAUUCUAUACUUACGACUCAUACUACUCUUGAACAUUCUGAUUGCGCGUUUAUGGUUGACAACGAAGCUAUCUAUGAUAUUUGCCGUCGCAAUUUGGAUGUUGAAAGGCCUUCGUAUACAAAUCUUAACCGGCUCAUUUCGCAGGUUGUAUCGUCAAUAACUGCCUCUCUUCGGUUCGAUGGUGCCCUGAACGUGGAUCUGACAGAAUUCCAAACGAAUUUGGUUCCUUACCCUCGUAUUCAUUUCCCUUUGGCCACUUAUGCACCUGUUAUUUCGGCGGAAAAAGCAUAUCAUGAGUCCCUGUCGGUAGCAGACAUCACAAAUGCAUGCUUUGAGCCAGCUAAUCAAAUGGUUAAAUGCGAUCCUCGACAUGGGAAAUAUAUGGCAGUAUGCCUUCUUUACCGCGGUGAUGUUGUACCAAAAGAUGUGAAUGCCUCCAUCGCUAGCAUUAAGACGAAGCGUACUAUUCAGUUUGUUGACUGGUGUCCAACAGGUUUCAAAGUUGGCAUAAACUAUCAACCACCUACAGUUGUUCCUGGAGGUGAUCUGGCGAAAGUGCCUCGCGCUGUAUGUAUGCUUGCGAAUACGACAGCUAUUGCGGAAGCGUGGGCAAGGCUUGAUAACAAGUUUGAUUUGAUGUAUGCAAAGAGGGCUUUUGUUCACUGGUACGUCGGAGAGGGCAUGGAAGAGGGGGAGUUUUCAGAAGCGCGAGAAGAUCUGGCAGCCCUCGAAAAGGACUAUGAAGAGGUGGGGAUUGAUUCGUUGGAAGGUGAAGGUGAAGGCGAAGGCGAAGAGUACUGAUGUUCAGUUAAAAUUGUUUGCAGCAAAUCGUGACAUAUUAAUGCUUGUUCCUUUUUUGGUCUUUUGAAUUUCAUCUCCAUACUGAGAAUGGUUUUUCCGUCCAUUCUUAGGUAGAAAUGUCUUCUUAUGUGUCUUUUUUUUUACGAUAAAUGAUAUUGAAAGUUCACCAGAUUGUGCGUGCACUUAUCAUCUGCAAUGUAUGGUUUGUGCUAGCUUUCCGUGCACAUGCGUUUUUCACCUCACAUUCUGAAUAUUUUGUUGCAACAUUUUUAGCUUGUUUUGAAGGUGUGCUCUGGGACAAAACGAUUAAACAAGAUAGUUGAACCGAAAAGAAGGAGGUCUGAUAUUAUCCAUGUGAGUCAUAAACGGC